UAAGCACCGGCUUCCUUGCGCUCCUGAACUACACUUCCCAGGAGGCAAAAAGAGCGGAGCGCAUGCGCAUUUUCCCUCUCCAGCAUGGCUACGGUGCUGUCACGGGCGCUGAAGCUGCCAGGGAAAAAGAGUCCAGACCUUGGAGAAUAUGACCCUCUCACCCAGGCUGACAGUGAUGAAAGCGAAGAUGACUUGGUCCUCAACUUGCAAAAAAAUGGUGGUGUUAAAAAUGGGAAAAGUCCCCUGGGAGAAGUACAGGACGUGGACUCGGAUGUGGAGGUUGGAGUGACGAAGCAGCACCUGUCAGAAGGGACAGUGGAGGAGUAUCCUAGUGAGGCCCCAAGUAGCCUGGAGCAGAAGACGGCCAGCUCUUUGAUGCCAUACUUGCGCACAGCUAUCUUUUUGCUCACUGUGGUGGUCUCCAUGAUCCUUGUGCUUGUGUGUGCUUUUCUUAUUCCUUGUCCUCCAAGAGACUUGCAUAACACGUGGAUUCGUAACUUGGGUCAGGAGGCAGGUGGCGUACUCUUCCCACCAGAACUUUUUGAUGUAAAUGGUGAUGGUCUUCCUGACAUCCUGCUCUCCUUCACAGCUCUGAAAAAUGCCAGUGUGCUAGGUGUCUCCAAGCCAUGGGUAACUGUGAUGGCCCUUUCGGGUAUGAACGGCAGCACCCUAUGGUCCAGUCAUGUUAAGGAGGAGAUUCGGAGUGUGCAGUGUAAGGGUUUGAACCUGCUGCCAUUGGCAGAACCAGUCUGCCUUAUUACUGGGACCUCAAAAUUCCUCAGCCUUCUGAGUGCCUCCUCAGGGAAAACAGUUUGGAUGCUUAAUCCAUCCCACCUGCCAAGUGGAACCCUGGCAGCUCCAGCUGUUACUGUACCAGAUGUGGAUGGUGACAGGGUCAGUGAUUUAGUGGUCCUGGCCAUUGGAGAAACACAGCCAGAUUUAUGCUUCAUCCUGGUAUCGGGUAAAACAGGAACCCCUGUGGGAGGGCCUGUGAAGUACAGCAUCAAUGGAAAUGGAAAACUGAUUGGCCCUCAGGCUCAUAUCACCAGCCAUGGAGCCGUCUACAUCUUGUUUGGCUUUGGUAAUGUACAAGCAGUUGCCCUGCGGGAUAUCUUUGCUCAGGCCAAAAACCGAGACAGCUUUCCACCUGUGCUGCAGCAAGAAGAACCGGAGUGGGAGAAACGGCGAUCAGUCAAUUUGUCAGAGCUGAUUGAUAUUUACAGUGGCGGUGUGGAGUUCCUGCAGGCGGUAAAAUCUCCAGGAAGCAACUGCAGUGACCUUCUUGUCACUACUGAGCACGGUUUGACUUUACUACGAGGACAGGACUUAGAGCCUCACUGGAUUCUGAACCAAAAGGACAUUGACAGCCAGCCUUCCCCAGGAUACUUCAGUGACGAUGGGAUCCUGGACUUUAUGGUUCAGGCACAGAGUGGAAGCAACAUCACAAAAAAGCUGUUGGUGGUGGAUGGUAAAUCAGGACUCCCAAUCUGGACCUACGAGUUGCCCUGUCAUAUGAAAAAAUCAGAUGCACUAUCAGUGUUGACGUUGGACAAAAAAUCAGUCUUCCUCUUCUGGGCAAAUGAGAAGCAAUUUCCCUUAAAAAGCUUGGAGCCCAGCCCAAGGGUCCACCAUCUUUAUCUCCUCCAUCCCACUUUCCCUACAUUCCUCUUGGACCUCAGUAACACAACAGGCACAGUAACUGCUUCAUCCAUUGGAAUCAAUGAUCUUCAGAAAGAUGCAUUUUAUGUCACGGUGACCACAAGCCCCACUUCCGAGCACCAGCCAGGUUUUCUGUCAGUCAGCAAACUCCGUCUGAGGUGGGCCCUCCUGACUCAGAGCCGAGAGGUGCCCCUGAAGGAGACUGAUCCCAAAAUCAGCCAUGGGGAACUGAGGCGGUUUCUUUCUCGGAUCAAAUUCACGGAUUAUGCUCACAAGGUAUGGGAUGAGCCCCACCACUGAUUCUACUUCCAUUACAUACUGUUGCUUUUGUCACGGACUUGGCUGAGCCAUGCAUGACGUGAGAGUGUGGGUAUUUCUUAUCUGACAGCAAGCAGAAACUUUCAGCCAGCUCUGCAGUAUGUGACUAUUAUCAGGACCUUGGCUGUAGAAUAAUUUUGUAUUGUAUUGUAUGUGACUUUCUUUCUCUCUCUCUUUCUGUCUCCUUCCUACCCCACCCCAGUUCUAGCCAUGGGGAUUCCUCAGGUUUUUUGAGCAACAGGACAAAAAUGUGAUGCUGCAUAUCAGCAGGCCAAGCUAGGUAGCCAGGCUUUGUGAGGCAUUCAACUAAGGGACGAGGUGGGACCGGCCAUCCAGCUGCCAAGAGCUGUAUAAUGCUGGGGAGGCUGUUCCAGCAACCCUCAGGCAUCCUGACUUGAAGGAACAUUGCUCAGCCUUUCAAUUGCCACUUCCAGGUAGAUAUAAGAUGUACGUUAUGUGCAGGGAUACUGGUGUAUGUGUAUAUAUGCUGUAUUUUUAAUUUAUAUUUUUGUUGUUCCAGAAACUCUUAUUUAUAUCUUAGAAAGAUUCAGUGUACUCUGCCUCUUGUUGGUCUACCCUUAGCUUAUGACAUUCACAUUUUGGGUUCCUUCAGCUCUUCUACCUCCUUUGUUUUAGGGUCACCACAGUGUCCCAUUCCAUCUUCUUCCCCCAUCCUCCUUCCGAUUCCCAACCAAGGCCAAGUGGCAUAUGCUGUAGCCCUGAGUGAUUGUACAUACUUAUCCAGAACCAGAUGUGUUUUGUGCUGAUGUUGAAUUUAAAGGCUGUGUCCUCUCUAGUCUCCCCCAUUCUGAUUAUCAUGCUGGCAUGAGCUGUCCUGGAGUCCGCUAUCAUCAUGAAUAAGCAAAAGGCAAGAAAACAUUCAUCAUAAUGCUCUUGAUCAUCACCUAUCUUGCAACAUCCCAUCUCUUGGUGAAGUGCUACUGUGGCAGGGGACACUGUCUGUUUGCAAAAAUUAUCAUCAUCAUCAUCAUGAAAAUGAAAAACUGGUGUCUUACUCUGGCAAAAGCGGGCAAUGAAUUGUUAUCAGGGUACUGUGACAUUUUCCCUUGUGAAUGAUUCCUUGUUAUAACUCUGAGGCUUGGUGACUAUUAUUUGCUAAACUAUAUAGAGGAACGUUCCCACUACGUGGUGACCUGUAGAUACGUUGUAGUGUAAUUCCCAUGAUGCCCAGCCAGCAGGGCAGAUUUCUUACUUACUAGAGAAAGUCAGGUUAUUUGCAUUCUUUACUGCUUGGAUUGAUCUUUCUGAUGAGUGUGAGUUUUCUCAACUGUGUCAGCUGAACGGGGUCCACUCAGUUCAAAGCUAAUGUUUUCUUUGAGAAUGUGGACUGUCUUCUGAUUGCAGCAGAUCAGUGGUUCUUAACCUUGGGUCCCCAGAUGUUCUGGGACAAACUUCCAGAAACCUUCACUACUAGCUGUGCUGGCCAGGAUUUCUGGGAGUUGUAGUCCAAGAACAUCUGGGACCCAAGGUUGAGAAGAACUGCUGUAGACUCCAAGCUUUGUUAAAGAUAGUGAUUGGUUGUGACAUUUUUCACCCUGCCACCACUACUGUUGCACCCUGAAUCCCUUCAUUUCCUCCCCCUUGCGACUUCGUCUACCCUGCCACCACUCUCUUCUCCCGCCUUCUUUUCCCUCUUUACCCCGACAUCUUUCUUUGAGGGGUUCUUCCUAGACAUCAUGGCCAAGUUGCCCACUGUAGAAUAGGCAAUCACCAUGACCACUCUGCCUACUAUGUCUUGUUCUAAGAAAUGAUCCCUUGAAGCUGAGGAUGUAGGGCCUUCUAGGCUCUGCAGAGAUCCAGACCAGAUGUUUAUCUGUGGUGGCAUUUUUGCAAUAGAAAAGAAGACAUCCCAACUAUCCAGAGUGGAACAAUCUCUGGAAAGAUCACUCAGGUGCAGUGGCUCCUCCACACACCUGCAAUAGCACCUCCCAGCUGCAACAUUUGCCACAUACAAAGAUGAUUAUUGGUGCACCUCACAAAAUGGUGGUGGUGGCGGCUUAUCUGAGCAGGGGAGAUUUGCUGCCCCCUUUUUUUGCCACCUCAGGUGGGAUUCAAGCAACCUUGUGGGAAAAACAACCCUGGUUGUUUUGUGUGUAAUGGCAGCAGACAUGCGGCCAAGUUGUAUGUGUUAGAGAGCCUUACUGCUUUUGCUGGUAGCAAAUUCCAUAGUAGGCAUCUAUGUUGUACUGAAGAUGUUCUUCUGUUUCUCUGCCCUUUUACCCUACCAUUCAGCUUCAUUGGAUGAAUCUGGAUUCUAGUAUUAUGACAGGGGAAAAAUAGCUUUCUAUCCAUUAUUUUUGCACUAUGUGUAAUUUUAUACACUUCUGUCAUAUCCUCUCCUUUCCCCCCCUCUUUUUUUUGUAAAUGAAAGGUUCCCAAAUGCUGCAAAUGUUCUUUUUUUAGGAUAGUUGCUCCACCCUUCUCUUUAUUUUCACUGCCUUUUUCUGCACAUUUCCCAGCUGUAUGAUAGCAAUUUGGUGGCAUGCGGUAACCUGAAAUUUAUCCCAAGUGUAUUUGCCCCAUAAGAUUUGUACAGAAGCAUUACAACAUUGAUGGCCAAAAUUCAGUUGUGAAACACCACACAUGUAAAAGGAAUAGCACCAGCAAUUUUCAGAAUUUUCUGUCUAUUGGUACACAUCCAGGUGCAUGAUAGACAGUCAGAACAGUUGUACACCCCACAAUGGUUGCAGUGAUUGCAACAGGAUUCUGGCUAACAUUUGGCUUGUGAUUCAUUUCCUCUUGACUCCUGGAAUGGAAUCAAUUUUUUCACAGCUGUCAUAUACUGGGUUAACCUUUUCAGUAGGCUGUGACCACAGAAUUCCUUUUUUGUCAUGCACUCCCAUCUAUGUAUAAGGAAAGUUAGGAUUUUCUGCUCGCUGUGCAUCACUUUAGACUGAACGUAUACACUGAACCACAUUUGUCACUUUAACUGUCUGCUCAUGUACUGUAUUUGGAAAUAUCUUUUGGGAGUUCAUUGCAAUUACAGUACUUCUUGUUUUUACCACUCUGACUAACUUGUGUUUUCUGACCUCUAACUCACCUUCAGCUCCUCUAAAGACCAGUUAGAUAAUUUAUGAACAAGUUCAGAAGUGCCAUGCCCAGUAUAAGCCUUUGAGGAAACUUCAUUUAUUACAUGUUUCCAUAGUGAAGACUGCUUGUUUACUGAUGCUGGAUCAGAGCCAUAUAAUGGUAGGGAGAAAGUUGUUCAUUGUUAUUGCAUUGAAAUAAAAAUCUGUACAUAUUCUGUCCCUUGUCAAUAUCUCUUUAUCACUUGCUUUCCCCCUCCCCCUCAUACUAGCCCCUAAGGCAUGACUUCCACACACUUUCUCACUUAGUAAUUCUUCAGCUUCUGAAAUAUAUAUUUUGGAGAGGAGUUUGACUAAAUAGCUUUGUAAAUACUAGCAGAACAAAUAGCACUUGCCCUCCCCUUGCCAUCCUUGAGGCCUGGCCAGUGUUUAUAAUCAAAGGUAUUAACAAAAGGCAUUUGUUCCAGAUUUCCUUAAUAGAGAGAGUUAGUUUUCAUGCUACCCAGUCCUAGCUGGUAAAUUCUGUAAACCACCUGAAAUGACAGAAUGUGUUCUGAAUUUGUUUAAACCACAGACUUCAUUUGUUUUGUUUGAUAAGACUAGAUUCUCCAUAAUGUGAAUUUUUUUUGGUGCACUUUAAAUAAAGAGCUUGUAUGUAAAUUGUUUGAACUGUGAACCAUAAUGAAGCAAAUAAAUAUCAUGU